AUGCUCUCCCAUUAUGGGGAGAGUACCCCUGAUGCGAACGCCGAAGACUUGCAGAGCGACACACUGCUCACUCCGAUUGGACGGGUUCACUAUGAUAGGGAAGAUGGACCCUGGAAGUUCUGUCCCUCUAUCGGUUGCGACUUCAUAAGAUCACAAGGUUACUUAGUUCACGAUGCCUGCUUGCAAGUUCUGAGCAGAGUUCAUGAGGCAGUGGUAGGGGCAGCCAGGCCGUUGGAUUUGAGCGAAGUCUUGCUUGUCUUCGAAGUCACUGGUAAAGAACGAGACUCGAAAGACUACAAUUGGGGAUUCGGUAAUGCAUUCGACGGUCCAUCUUGCCAACAUCACCGAUUAGACGAACAAUACUGGAAUCCCGUGGAGAAUACAGAGUGGACAGUACUGAAUCCUCAACGAAAAGUUGAUUUACGGCCAUUGGUUAACGCCGCAUUGGAGACCUCCCAAAAAGGCCUGUCAUUCAACAUCAAGUGCGACAAGCAAGUUGGUUCAGGUCUCGACGCAAAAGUCCACUCCGAUGCCCUUUCGGCCAUCCCGACCGAAGUACGCUUACUUAUCUUGGAGAUGCUUCCCACUCAAUCAGUGCUCAACGUCUUCCUGGCAAGUUCGGCUUUUAGAGAGCUCUCGAUGAACUUGCCUCAAACUUUUUGGAGAUCCCGCAUGCUUAUUGAUGCCCCUUGGUGUGGAGGUGAAGCCUUAGCAGAAGUCUUGCGACAAGAAACCUCUGCCUAUCCCUUCCAUGAACUUGUCCGUCUAAUCCGAGAGACCUCGGCGCCGGGCGGUGGGAAGCUCGAUGAUAGUGACUGCCUCGUCGAUUUUGCGAAAGACUCGAUGACACUCAGCAACAGACGUCGAAUAUGGAUCAACAGUGAAAAAAUCAUUCGUGAAAUUGAGACCCGACAUGCGGCAGUUCGCCCAGUAACCGGCAUCGUCUCUACUCAAAUGCGCAAGCUAGCUUCUCGCUGCACAAUCUUCAUUUCGAGGGACUUAGGCGACAUGCCCCAAGCAGCGUCAACCGUCUACUUCGUUCCAGAUAUUGUCAAAAAGAGCCACCUGAACAAGAUCACCGCCUACUUCGGAGCUGAUAGUCAGAUCGUCGGCGUCGAAUUCCUGCUUCUGGACGAACUUUCCGCACGAUUGUUUGGAAAUCGAAGUGAAUUGACUAGCCAGAUCACUUUAGACUCGCCAAAGGUGAUCCUUGCAGAUCAAUACCUUCGCCCUAUUCAUGCUCAUGGGCCUCCAGGUAUUGACUUUACGCAACACACCCAGUGGAUUGGUCGCCAUCCACCGCUCGACUGGCCACGGGAAAAGUACUAUCUUGAGAACCGCCGGAACGGCGCUCACAAUCGUUUCCCCCUUCUUGAUAACCCUUUUCCUCGUGUUCUAGAGCCUCCGGCGUAUUUUGUGAACCUCUCCGGUCGGCAGCUCUCCCAAAUCCAGGCCUAUGGCGAUUCCGCGAAUAUCGAAGCAUACAAGCGAACUAUGAAGGGCCUUGUCUUCAAUUUCGCAGAUGACUCAACAGAACGCGUCUGUGAAAAUUCUAAUUUUCAGGAGAUCGCGAUGGCCUCAACUCAUACUAUUCAGUUUGAAGUCCGCCAGCACGAGGAGAUCGUUGAUAUGGUCCUGUUUGCUGCCUAUAAGGCGCCUCUUGAUGGUUAUCAAACCAAGUUGUGUGGAAUUGAAUUCAUAACAAGCUUGGGCCGGGUCCUGCCACUAGGCUGCGUGGAGACCAGUGAGCAUGUGCGUCGAGAAAUGUUGCCACCGACCUACAGCGACUUUCCCGAAUUUGGAGGUGUCUGUGGUAUCCAGAUAGCUUUGGGAUCUGGAGCCGUUGAGACCGUUGCAUUAGCGCUUUUCUAUGCCUGA